AUGGCGUCUGUCGCAGCGGACGUCCUCGUUCUCAUUGCGACAUUGAUGCGUACGUGGUCUAUGUGGGCGGAGGCUGCGCGUAUCAACUUCACGUCCACAUUCGCCACCAUCCUCAUGAGAAAUGAUAAGUUUCUCGACCUCCAUGGGGUUCAGAUCGACGCUAAAACGCAAAUGCAGCUUGUCGAGCCGAUGUCCACCUGGAUAGCGAUCUGCCUCGUGCUCAUGAGUACCUCUGCUCUAUCUUCGCCCAGCGUCACAGCGAUCCCGACCUCGCGCUUCAUCCUCGACCUUCACCGCGCAGCAGACACGCUUGGCGUGGCGGGCGACACCCCUCAAGGUGGCGAAAUCGGCACCCUGAUAUUCCGCGGGAGCGAGUCGGCGACGGCUUCGCGUGCACGCUCCGCGAGAACACGCGAGGUGUACGGGAUGGUGUUCACGCACGCGACAGCGACCAUCGAGCGCGAGGGCGAGUGA